GAUUAAUUCAAUUACUCCGUACUCAUUCGGGAAAAAAAGGAACGGCCAUGUUGGCCAUAUUGUGCACUUCGUUGCUGCUUGUGGCAUGGAAUCCAGCUGGAAGCGAAGCAAAACGUUCGUUUAUCAAUCCGUACCCACAAUUUAAGGCCCUGCCACUCUCCCCACAAGAGGAUGUUGGCGAACCGCUCUUUCUGACGCCGUUUAUCGCCAACAAAUCCGUGGACGCUGGACGCCAGGCUGCCCGAGUCAACCACUCCGCCAUUCCGUCCGACAUUGAGAGCUAUUCGGGCUACCUGACAGUGGACGCCGCCACCAAUUCGAAUCUCUUUUUCUGGUAUUUCCCGGCCAAACUAAACCCGGACGCUCCGGUGGUGCUAUGGCUACAGGGCGGUCCGGGAGCAUCGUCCCUUUACGGGUUGUUUACCGAAAACGGCCCAUUUUCCGUGCGCAGUGACAUGAAGCUGCAACCGCGCAAAUACAGCUGGCACCUGAAUCAUCAUCUCCUGUACAUCGAUAACCCCGUCGGAACUGGGUUCAGCUUCACCGAUAAGGACGAGGGCUACUCGACCAACGAAACGCACGUCGGGGCAAACCUGUACAAUGCCCUGCAGCAGUUUUUCACCCUGUUCCCGGAUCUGCAGAAGCAGCCAUUCUUCGUAACUGGCGAAUCGUACGGCGGAAAGUACGUCCCGGCCGUGGCGCACACGAUCCACAGAAACAAUGGGAAUGCGAAGGUGAAGCUGAACCUGCAAGGAAUCGCGAUCGGCAACGGGCUCUGUGAUCCCUAUCACCAGCUGGUGUACGGUGACUACCUGUAUCAGUUGGGGCUGAUCGAUGGGAAAACGCGCGAUCUGUUUCACCAGUACGAGGCGAAGGGCCGCGACUGCAUCACCAAGAAGGACUACCAGUGUGCCUUCAAUGUGUUCGAUGAGCUGAUCAAUGGCGACCAAUACGCUGGUGGAUCGCUGUUCAAAAAUGUAUCCGGCUUCACAACGUACUUUAACUACUUGCAAACAGUGCCGGAUCCGGCGGACGACUAUAUGGGCAAGUUCCUGCAACUGGCGGAAACGCGUCGGGCCAUCCACGUGGGCAACAACUCUUUCCACGACUUGGAAGGCGAGAAUAAGGUGGAAGAACACCUGAAGCUAGACGUUAUGCAGUCGGUCGUCCCAUAUUUGAAUGAGCUGUUGCACUCGUACCGUGUGGUCAUUUACAACGGCCAGCUGGAUAUUAUCGUCGCCUAUCCGCUCACGAUGAACUACGUGACGAAGCUUAGCUUCCCCGCAAUGGAUGACUACAAGAAGGCUCCUCGCCACAUUUGGAGAGUGGACGGGGAAAUUGCCGGGUACGCUAAGGAGGCCGGCAAUUUGGUCGAAGUUCUGGUGCGCAACGCCGGUCACAUGGUGCCGAAAGAUCGUCCUAAAUGGGCUCUGGAUUUAUUGCUGCGUGUGACUCAUGGCAAAAAAUUUGCCUAA